UCAAGAGCAUCGUUUCCAUCUCUCUCUCACGCACGCCCCGCGCUCUCUCUCUCUCGCACGCCGCUCUCUUUCUCUCUCUCUCGCACGAACACGAACACCUCAGCUCUUCUAUUGCUUCGUCCUCCCAGUUUACUAAAUUCGCCAUAAAAAGAUUCUAAAUGAAGAAGGAAAUUCCUGCGGAGCCAUUGUCUGAUGAAUCCAAGCGGAGCGACUCUACGGAUCCAUCUGAAGAUGAGGAAUUAUCCUCUUAUUAUGGGGAAGAUGGAGAAGAGAACGGAGAAUCUGGAGGAGAGAGCGAUUCCUCAGAAGAUGAGGUAUCAUCUUUGGAUGAUGCGGAAGAUCGGGGCACCAAUGGGGAUGUCAUAAAGUCUGUAGAAGAGAGCGAUUCCUCGGAAGAUGAGGUGGCUCCUAGGAAUACGAUUGGAGAAGUACCGUUGGAGUGGUAUAGAGAUGAGGAGCAUGUUGGGUAUGAUGUUUCUGGUAAGAAGAUCAAGAAACAGGCCAGGAAGGACAAAAUUGAGUCCUUUCUUGCCGGAGCAGAUAAUGUGAAAAAUUGGAGAAAGGUCUAUGAUGAGUACAAUGAUGAGGAAGUGGAACUAACUAAGGAGGAGAUUAAAGUUAUUAGUAGACUGCUGAGAGGAAAGACUCCACAUGCUGGAGUUGAUCCAUAUGCGCCGUAUGUUGAUUGGUUUGUUUGGGAGGACAAAGCACAUCCACUUUCAAGUGCCCCGGAGCCAAAGAGGCGAUUUAUUCGUUCAAAGUGGGAGGACAAGAAGGUUGUAAGAUUAGUCAGAGCCAUCCGCAAAGGGUGGAUUAAGUUUGACAAACCGAAAGAGGAGUCUCAAUUCCAUUUGUUGUGGACAGAUGAUUCUAAUGCAGCUGACAACAAAAGGCAUGGUGUUAAUUACAUAGCUGCACCCAAACCAAAACUGCCAGGUCAUGAAGAAUCAUACAACCCUUCUAUAGAAUACGUUCCUACAGAAGAGGAGAAGAAUGCUUAUCAGCUGAUGUAUGAGGAGGACCGUCCUAAAUUUAUCCCAAGGAGGUUUGAAUCUCUUAGAAGUGUACCUGCUUAUGACAUGGCUGUUAAGGAAGUAUUCGAUCGGUGUUUAGACCUGUACUUAUGUCCCAGAUCUCGGAAGAAACGUCUUAAUAUUGAUCCUGAAUCUCUCAAGCCCAAGCUACCAAGCAGGAAAGAUUUGAGGCCCUAUCCCACAACAUGUUAUCUUGAAUAUAGAGGCCACACUGGUCCUGUCAAGUCGCUGUCUGUUGAAAUAUCAGGGCAGUGGCUGGCAUCUGGUUCAACUGAUGGAACUGUACGAGUUUGGGAGGUUGAAACUGGGCGUUGCCUUAAAGUCUGGGAUGUUGGUGAAUCUGUCCAGCAUGUUGCAUGGAACCCUUCACAGGAACGUCCUAUCCUUGCAGUAGCCCUGGGGCAUGACGUGCUUCUUUUGAACACGGGUUUGGGAGAUGCGGAAGUACAGAUGAGGAUUAAGGAACUCCUGCAUGUUGAGGAAUCAAAAUCAUCAGAAGAUACAGGGGAUCAUGGAUCUGCUGUGAGGUGGUUUCGACAUGACAAGUAUGAUGGCAUCGUAUUGAAGCAUUUUAAGUCUGUGUCAACAGUUGAAUGGCACUCCAAAGGAGACUAUUUUGCUACUGUUGUGCCAACUGGUGAGUCGAGAUCAGUAUUGGUACACCAUCUCUCUGAGAAGCAAACAAAAAACCCCUUUCGGAAGUUGCAGGGGAUUCCAGUUUCAGUUGCUUUUCAUCAAAAAAAGAAGAUUUUCUUUGUUGCGACAAAGAAAUUUGUUCGUGUUUAUGAUCUUGAAAGUCAACGGAUGAUUAAAAAGCUUGAAACAGGUUGCCGCGAAGUCUCAUCCAUUUCUCUUCAUUCUACAGGUGAUCAUGUUAUUGUAGGGAGCAGGGAAGGUAAAAUGUGUUGGUUUGAUUUGGACUACUCAUCGAAGCCGUACAAAACUCUGAAGAUUCACCAGAAGGACAUUACAAGUGUUUCUUUUCAUCGAACAUACCCUCUUUUUGCCUCAUGUUCCGAUGACUGCACAGCUUACGUGUUUCAUGGGAUGGUUUAUUCAGAUCUUAACCAGGAUCCACUUAUUGUCCCAUUGGAAAUUCUUCAUGGCCAUACGCGUUCAGAUGGUAGAGGUGUAUUAUGUUGCAAAUUCCAUCCUCGACAGCCUUGGUUGUUCACUGCUGGUGCAGACUCCGUUAUCAAGCUUUACUGCGACUGAGAUGCAGCAGAAUGAUGCUGAGGGUUUUACUUUGUGAUUCGUCAUUGCGAAAAGAACGUAUACCCCGAGAAGAUUUCCCUUUCUAUAAUUUUUGGUCGGCCAGUCUUUCGUCCAACCGGAAGUUGCUGUAAAUUGUCGGUCUCAUCUUUCUAAAUUUUUUACGAAGAGAACAUGGCUGACCAUGUUUAGUAGUAAACAACUGCUUAGAUGGGCAUCAUUUGGUGCUGAAAUCAGCAUUUAGCAUAUCUAGUAACGGCAAACGUCCUGUACCAGAAAUCUGAGAAAAGAGAAAAUUUUGCUGUAGAAUAUUUACAAGCAAGAACGCUUAUACAGGGUAUUUAGUGGGAAUUUUUUCAAAUUAUUGUGAU